UUUAUUGUUUGGUAUUCCCUCACACAAACUUAAACACUUUCCAUAGACUGCAAAGUUGACUACAAGGUGUUCCAUAAAUCGUCCCAGACGACGUAUUGAAGUUGAAUAUUGGAUACACAAGAAGAAACCAAAAAAGCUCUGCGAAAUGGCGUUUCUUGGACGGCUCAACAAUCAGGGAACCUUUAUCGACUGUGAGGUAUUCUGUGGCCAUCAGCAGGAUUCAGCCGGCUGCUUGAGAGAAGACGAGGCGAGUGUACUGCUCCCGAGAACGAAGGGCUCCAGGACCUAUAUCAAGACCUACGACAAGGAAAGCCUGCUGCGCUCCAUGGGAAGCCCCAGCACGGUCCGCUAUGUGGGCAGCUCCGUGUCGUCCAGUGAAGUCAACUCGUUGGACGAGACGGAGACCUCCACCCUGCGCUGCUGCUCGGAUGUGUCCUUGGGGCAUCGAGAGGAUGAGGAUCUCGCCCUGCAGACCGAGUCGGAGACGCUCUGUCUGGAUUUGGACAGUCCCAGCAGUAGUCAGAGCAGCGGCAGUAGCAGAACCCCCUCCUCCACAUCCUGCUCCUCCUCGGCCUCCUCCGAUAAGGAUUCGACCACCUCCAUGUGCAGCUGGGAGGAGGCCAUGUCUAGGGGCGAGAGCAUGCUGCCCCCGGUGGAGACGCCACAGGACCUCAGCCUGCCUUCGCUUCACCUGGGUUCCAAUGGGUACGGCGGAUCGCCACCGCUCACCUAUACCCGCCGCCUCGAUCCGAUCCGGGUGCAGCGUUCCGCCGGCGAGGCCUACGAGAAUUGGCUGUCCGGAAAGAGACGCCAGUGUCAAUACAGGCUCCAGGCGGAGCAGGCCGCCAGGGAGGAGCAGCGGGAGCGAAUCGCACUACGUCAGCGGUUGGCCAAGGAGAAGUACGAGCAGUGGUGCCAACAGAAGGCGCAAAAGGCCAACUUAAGUUCGCCCAAGUCCAACCAGAUCCCCACCGCCAUCCCGGCCAGAAAACAUUCCACUUCAGUACAACACCACCUGCAGGAGUGGGAGCUGCAGAAGCUGAGGCUGGUCGAACAGCGACGUCAGGAGCUGCGAAAUGCCGAGCUGCGGCGCGAGCAGGAGAGGAUCAUCCGCCGGGAACAGGCGGAACAGGCCUUCAAUCGAUGGAUGAGCAACGUGGCCCAGAGACCCAAGCCGGUCCCCGCCAGCCAGGGUAUCCAGUCGCUGCGCGGCACCGUUUCCAACAUCUUUAUAAAUCCCAAUCAGUGGAUAGAUUGAGUAGCCAUUGCACUGGCUUGUCGGAAAAGUGCUUCGCCCAGGAGGGGAUCCUCAAAAGGUGAGAGUUAGCUCGCCCAGUGAAACCAAAGUUUUAAGCAAGUGAAUCCAUAUUUACCCAUUUCACACUAUUAAAU